CAUAACAGUUUGAGUAAAAAGUAAAUAAAAAACAAAUAUCUACUAAGAAAGUACAUAAAAUACGUCUUGUUUUCUACUUUAAUACCAUAUUUUCAUUUUGUUAUCAGCAUAACUCUUUUUUAUAUAAAAUCAAACAUUUACUGAGUUAAAUACUGAUAUAUGGCCUAUAAAUAAUACCUCGAUGUUAUCUUAUAUUGAUGAUGUGUAAAUUGAACCGUCGGAGUUGGGUUGUAAUUCGCGGGGAAAUCGAGUUCUGCUUGGCGUGGUUAUGUAACAUUACGCAUGUAAACAAACAGAAGACGGUCCGGCGUUUGAUUGUAAGUACUACUUGCAGUUUUUAGCCAAAUAAUUAUUAUAAAUGAUCUUUUAACUAUCUCUUAAAAUGAAAACAUGUCAUUUAGUUAACAGAAUGAAAACAGAAAGUGGAAAUUGGCGAGCUCUUUAAUUUCCUAUCAACAUCCGAGUGCUGGAGAUGGAGAUACCUCGACUUCCGGUUAAACCAACCCGGGGAUAUUUUUUCGAUCAACAGGAGUGCAUGCAUAAAUGCCAAGGAACUGCAUGAAAGAGUCAUCAUCUCCCAAGGAAAACGAGAUCUUUCUGUGGAGGAUGGAUCUGCCCAACAAGGAAAGACGGUCACCGGAAAACAGCCCAAGCUCCAGUCGGCGCUGUUGCUCAAGCUUCAAGAUGUUCCUCGUGGCCUUGUCCUUCGCCUAUUUCUCCAAGGCUUUAUCCGGGAGCUAUAUGAAAAGCACAAUAACUCAGCUGGAAAGACGCUUCGACAUCCCCAGUUACUUAAUAGGUGUCAUUGACGGCAGCUUUGAAAUAGGCAACUUGUUAGUGAUCGCCUUUGUGAGUUACUUUGGUGCCAAACUUCACCGUCCGAAAAUCAUCGCCAUCGGCUGCCUGUUGAUGUCACUCGGGACGUUUCUCAUCGCUUUGCCCCAUUUCAUAAUCGGCCGAUAUAAGUUUGAGACGUCGAUCCGCUUGUCUGUAAACUCCAGCAGCAGCCUCUCUCCGUGUUCACUGAGCUCUGCUGAACCCAGCACAUCUUCAGUGCCCAGCACAGGCUGUGAACACGAGUCUCGGUUGUCGAUGUGGAUUUAUGUGUUUCUGGGGAAUAUCCUGCGUGGGAUUGGAGAGACUCCAGUGCAGCCGCUGGGAAUCUCCUACAUCGAUGAUCACGCUCUGGAGGAGAACGCAGCUUUCUACAUUGGAUGUGUCCAGACUAUCUCCGUCAUCGGGCCGGUUUUCGGGUAUCUGCUGGGCUCCGUCUGUGCCAAGAUAUACGUGGACAUUGGGUUUGUCAACAUGGAGAGCAUCAGCAUCACUCCAGGAGACGCGCGCUGGGUCGGCGCCUGGUGGCUAGGCUACCUGAUUGCCGGAUUCAUUACCCUGCUUUCAGCCGUGCCCUUCUGGUUCCUGCCCAAGUCUUUGCCACUGCCAGAGAGAAGACUGAGCAAAUACUCUCCGGAGCGCAACAGCUUCAUCAAAGACUCGGCUCUGCUGGAGCACAAAUACCAGGCAGACGAGCCGGCUAACUUCCUGGAAAUGGCCAAAGACUUUUUGCCCACACUGAGGUCUCUCCUGGGAAACCCGGUCUACUUUCUGUAUCUGUGCGUGACCAUCAUCCAGUUCAACUCACUGAUCGGCAUGGUCACAUAUAAACCAAAAUACAUCGAGCAGCAUUACGGACAGUCCGCAUCCAAAGCCAACUUCCUCAUGGGAGUUAUCAACAUCCCAGCCGUAGCCUUGGGAAUGUUUUCGGGCGGCGUGAUCAUGAAGAAGUUCAAGCUGAGCAUCAUGGGAGCAGCCAAGUUUGCGUUGGGAACGUCUCUGCUGGGCUAUUUUCUGUCUCUCUUCUUCUUCAGCAUGGGCUGUGAAAACGCCAGCGUGGCUGGAAUCACCAUGUCCUACAACGGGACGGAGAGUCUGUUUAUGGCGGACGGCUCUCUGCGAGCGUCCUGCAACGCAGCCUGUCAUUGUCCUGAAAAAAACUGGGACCCGGUGUGCGGAGAAGACGGCCUCACCUACGUGUCCCCGUGCCUGGCUGGAUGCCGGACGUCCCACGGCUCAGGAAUGGACACGGUGUUUGAGCAGUGCAGUUGUAUAGGAGUGGGGAAUCAGACAGCCACCGCAGGCCAAUGCAACAACAGAGAAAGCUGCCAUCGCAUUUUCCCGUACUUCCUGGCUCUGUCCGUCAUCACUUCCUUCAUUAUAUCACUAGGAGGAACGCCAGGAUACAUGCUGCUCAUCAGAUGCAUCAAACCUCAGCUGAAGUCUCUAGCGUUGGGUUUUCACACUCUGACCACACGUACUCUGGCAGGGAUUCCAGCUCCGAUAUAUUUCGGGGCCAUCAUCGACACCACCUGUCUGAAAUGGGGACACAAGAAGUGUGGUGGAAGAGGAGCCUGUCGAAUCUACAACACCGCGGCCUACAGGAUAGCGUAUCUGGGCCUGACGUUGGGUUUGCGCACCGUUUCCUUCUUCCUGUGUAUCCUGGGGUUGUUGGUUUUGCGACGGCACGUUCAGAAGCAGGAGCGCAGCACAAUGGUGAACGGAGGAUCAGCGGCAGCCGGAGAACUGCAGGCGCUCAGAAAAGAAGAAAACAACAGCUGUAACUCAGAGCAGUGUCCACAAAACACAGAUUAUGACCCGGAGCGGGAGACGCGACUGUGACACUCGCAUUGAGAGAAAAAAAAAACGGCCGCGACGCCUGAUUUUAUGAGUUCCACUUUCUAUCGAACCCAUGUAAAUGAUGUGAAAUACUGAAAAAAAUCUGUUGUUUUGAUAUAGUAGAACUAUUUCUUGAAUGUACAUGAUGUUUGGGUUAAAAAAAGAUGAAGAAUGUCUUAAAAACUACCUAAUCUGUUUGAAGAUGCUUUAAUAAGUGUCUUAACGUCAAGACAAACAUUGGAUUUCCGCUCAUUCAAGCCAUCGUCGUGCACAGGCCCGUACCGAUAACAAGAUUAUUAUAUCUUGCAUCUCUUGAAUCGCGAAAUUGCGUAUUUAUAACAAGGUUGAAUUAAAAAAAUUCAAGUUAUA